AUGACCUCUAUCCCGGAAAGUCUACGGAACUUGAUUUCUACUCACCGUCUCUCCUUCGCUCCCGCGGACUCUCCACUUAACCAGUGCUCCUACGACGAGCUGCUCGAGUAUUUCGAUCAUGUGGAAGAUACGAUGCAUCUAACGAUCACCCCCGACCGUAUCCUCCAAGAGGCAGAGCUGAUUAGUAGCGUUAUGUCUCGGUCUGACUGGACGUCCGAGGAUAUCCGAGCGACUCACAUAGUCGACCUUGCUGAGAUGUUUGCUGUCGCUGGUUGCCUACAAGGGUCCUACACCAAGACUGUGGCCAAACUGGCUCGGGAGGUCUUCUACGCGCUGGGAAGGAAAUGCCGCGCCCCGCAGGUUAUGGGACGCUUCCGGCGUGUGCUCUCGGAGGGUGUGGCUACCUCGUUCCUGGAAAUCAUCAAGUCCGACCUGUCGUGCUUCGUCGACUCAAAUGGUGUGAGCUCAAUGCACCCCGACGUCGACGAACGUCGCGAAAGGUUGGUCAAUCACGCUGCAUUCAUUGGGGACCUGUACGCAGAGCGUCUGCUUCCCGACCUGAUCUACACGUCCCUGGUGAUGGAGCUGUUGGACCGCCUUGAGAAUGUUUUGCAUUGCCGAAUGCUUCACAUUAUACUGGCGAAGGGCCAAUAUUCCACCGGAGGGGCUCAAGGCGUGAACUACUUCAUGAACCUGAUUGACAGUCGGUUGCAACGUCUCAUUGAAACGACACCGUUUACCAAGGAAGUCAACCCUUUCUUGUGGAGAUGGAUAGUAGCAGUAGGGAACGUGGUCAUACGAACGCUCGAUUGGUACAAGCUCUCCGCAGAGGACCAGGAGGAAGAGAUCGAACUCGCCGGAUGCCAUGAUCUGGCUAUUCCCGCCGGCAAUUGCUUGCUUCUCGCACUGCUGGAAGGCCACUACUCACCAGGCAUCGACUUCGCCUGGUUUUCAGGCAGGACAAAGAAUUACGCCUGCGUAGCCCGACCCGAGAAUAGUAUAUGA